UCCUUUUGUUUUGUUACUUAUUUUUCUGUGUCUGUGUUUGGGUGUUUCAUUGAGAGCAAAAUAGAAAGGGUUUGUUUUGUGUAGUUAAGAUGAAUAGCAGCAGCAACUUGGAAACUCGUUCUCUUCUUGAUGAACUUAGUACUUUUAAUAAAGGUGGAAUCUUCGACUUUGGCCAUCCUCUUGUUAACCGCAUAGCGGAGAGUUUUGUCAAAGCUGCUGGGAUUGGAGCAGUUCAAGCUGUGUCUCGUGAAGCCUAUUUCACGGCUAUUGAAGGUACUGGGAUUGAUAAUACUAGUGGCAUGCCUCCAGAAAUAUCUGCAGCCAAGAAACAUCGUUUACAUGGUCUUAGAGGAGAGACCAGCAGUAAAUCCAUCGAGGCCAUGGUAAAAAGCACCGGGAGAUUGGCUGCAGGACUAUAUUCAGGACUCACAUAUGGGCUGAAGGAAGCUCGCGGUGCUCAUGACUGGAAAAAUAGUGCAGUAGCUGGAGCAAUCACAGGGGCAACACUUGCAUUAACAUCAGAAGACUCAUCUCAUGAACAGAUUGUGGAAUGUGCUAUUACUGGAGCAGCUAUCUCAACUGCUGCAAAUCUUCUAACAGGGAUAUUCUAAAUCAGUGCCUUGUUGAGAUUUAUAGUUUUUUUUUUUAUUUUGUUUUUUUUUAUCUUAUGAUGAUUUGUGAGAAUUACUUCUGGUGUACUUGUUUAAAAUGAACUUGUAGCAAGAUUUCUUUCUGAAUUUGUAGUUCUCUUUGUCAAAAGCUUUUAUAUUAUAGCC